AUGCUUCGUUCUUCUAUUACAUUUCAUUUCCUCCUUGAUAAAUCGCCAAUUCUUAACGAGUUCGUUAUUGAAGGCGAUACAUAUACAGCAACAACCAUUAAAGAUAUCGGGACAGAUAUAUUUAACUCUCGACUUGAAAUUAUCAGAAAAAACGUUAAAAAAGUUGUUUUUGCAUUUGAGGAAGGUAGUAUUUACACAACAGAUUUUCCGUGGGAUCUGAAUGAAGAAUUUGUUGUUACACGAAAGGCCAGUUCUGAAAUGUCUUUUGCAGUUGAGAAUAACCAGAUGUUAAAAAGAGUUGAUUUUGGAACAAGUGUCCAAAAAAUCAGCGGACGUGGAUUUUCUCAAUCUGGAUUAUCCGAAAUUGAAAUGUCAAACGUUAAAUAUGCAUCAGGUCCAUUCUUCCAUGGUUGCCACAAUCUCAAAAAGAUCGUUCUUCCUUUAGUUGAAAGAAUUCCAAAUAAUUUUGCAAGUUAUUGUUUUUCACUUGAAUACGUAGAUAUAUCUGGUGCAAAAUACAUUGAAAUCGGAGAUUAUGCUUUUGGGUUCACUGGUAACCUUUCAAUUACUUUUCCAAAAUCUCUUACAAAAAUUGGCAUCGGCGCUUUCUCCUACUCGAGAAUCAAUUCAGUCACUUUUUCACAAUCACCAACAACAUUAUCAGGCAGAUGUUUUGAAGCCACAAACCUUGAAAGCAUAGAAAUUCCUUCCAGCUUCAAUUAUGAUAUGACAAAAUCAUUUGGUGUUGUUAAUGGAUCAAGUUACAUAAAGAAAGUUAUUAUCAAUACAAAUAUAAUUGGGAAAGGAUUUGCUAAAGACUGCGUUGCUCUUGAAUCCGUAAUUAUUCCUAACGCUAACACAAUUUCCGAUUAUGCUUUUUGCAACUGCAAGAUUCUUCCAUCAUUUGAUUUACCAAAAGAUCUUACUACAAUAUCAAAUUAUGCAUUUGCUUAUUGCGAUGUUUUAUCAAUAACUUUGCCACAAACGAAAUUAACAAUUGGAGACUAUGCAUUUGCAUACUGUUUCAAAAUCAAUAUAGAAUCACUUCCAGCAUCAUGGACUCCUGGUAAGUAUUCAUUUAUAGGAUGCACAAGUAUCAAAACUAUCAAAGUAUCUGCUGAUAUUUCUCAAUGUCAGGGACUUUUCCAAGGAUGUACAAGCAUGACUGAUUUGACGAUUUCAACUUCAAGUGUUCCAGAUUUUUGUUUUGCAUGCUGCAGUAGUUUGAAAUCAGUAACUAUUACUCAAUCCGUUGAAAGGUUUGGAGAAAGAUCAUUCGCUAAAACAGGUCCAAUUGAACAUGUUGAUCUUUCAAAUGUUGGUACAUAUAAAUAUGCUUUCGAAAAUUCUGAAUUAAAAUCUGUGACGUUUGGUAAAUUCAAAAAUAUGGAUUUUGCAUUUUGCGGGUGCAAGAAUCUUGAAAAGAUCAUAUUCAACAAAGAUACAAUUUGGUUUGAUGGAACAAAUGUAAUAAAUACUUCCAAGAAACUAAAAUUCGUAAUUGAUGAAGAAAACAAAAUGUUCAAAGUGAAAGAUGAUGUUCUCACAGGAUAUGAUUAUUUCUUUGCAAUUUUGCCUACGUAUUCAAAGUCAACAUACACAGUUCCAAAGAAUAUAAAUCAUCUUGGAAUAGGCUGCACUUCAAUUACAACAUCAUUGAAAGAAAUUAUUAUUGAUAGUGACCAUGUAGUUUUGGAACAAUAUGCAUUCACGUUUUGUGAUUAUCCAGAAAAAAUAACAAUUAAAAAUUUCAACAGCUCAAAAAUAACCACAAAUACUUUUAGCCAGAUGAGCGGAUUAAAAGAAUUUUCAUGCUCUGUUUAUGUAAGUGAAAUCGGAUACUCAUCAUUUCAGAAUGACUAUAAACUUGAAACUGUAACAUUUCCUUUCCCAAUAUCAAUCAUUCGACAACAUGCUUUCAGGAAUUGUUAUUCACUGAAGACAUUUUCAUGUCCAAGUGUUACAUCACUAUUGGAAUCUUGUUUCAAUAAUUGCUACAAAUUAAAGGACGUUUCAUUCUUAAAUACAACAACGACCAUUGAAUCGUACACAUUUGCAAAUACAGGAAUUGUUUCUCUCACUAUUCCAGAUACUUGUUAUCAGAUAGGAGAUCAUGCGUUUUAUAACACAACAAGUUUGGAAUCAGUGACAAUUGGUAAAAAAGUAAUUAGAAUAUGCGAAUAUGCUUUCGGAAAUUCUUAUGUCGAAUCUAUUUCUAUUCCAAACAAUGUGAAAUAUAUUGAUUCAUCAGCUUUCAAAAACUCUCCAAAACUUAAAAUAACAAUUGAAAGUUCGAAUCCAUAUUUUGAAAUAAAAUCACAGGCACUUUACUCUAAAAUUACCAAAACAUUGAUUUGCACAAUUGGAGCUCUUCCUGAGUUAUAUGAAAUUCCAGAUGGAAUAAAGAACAUCCAAGAUCAGACAUUGAACAAUAAUAUGUAUGUUAUAGAAACUCCAACAGGUAGUUUCUAUGAAGGAAUUUCUGCAGCAAGACUUAUUAUUCCUUCUUCAGUUCAGAGUAUUGAUAUUACAUCGCUGAAAAAAGUUUUUGCAGCUUGCUACAGCGGUGAUUAUUACUUGUUUAAUGGAACAGCAAACUAUUCAUAUGCAGGUGAUAACUAUCAUUACGCUGAUAUGUUUGAAACUGAUGUCAGGCAGGGAAAUUGCACUGAUGAAGAAUUGACAGAUGAUUUUAAGUGGGUUACAAGCAAUGGUGCUAAAAGAAGCAGCAACAAAGGAUUGAUAAUUGCUUUAGUUUUACUUGUUUUAAUUUUCAUUGCUUUAGUUAUUGUUUAUUUAUUCCUUCCACUUGAAAAUAUAUGCCACAAGUCUGAUGGAGAUAGAAGUGUUCAAAAUGAAUCAAUUAAUAUUGUUUAA